GCUGCUCCGGGCGCCGGGCCCUCCUCGGCCGCGGCACGGCCCGGGCUCGGCGACGGCCGGCCAGAGGGAGGUUCGGGGCGGCGGCGCCGCCGCAAGUUGCGCUGCUCGCGGCGAGGUAACUGAAGACAGAAAACAGGCCUAAAAAUAAACCCUAGAAGGAAGAAGGGAUUUGCCUACAUUUGGCUCUGAGCAGGUCCCAGCAGACACUUGGCGUUUUAUAUGAUCGGAUGCUGGGGAGCCCACUGGUUCAAAGGUCUACACAUGAAGUCAGCCUAAAGGUUUCUACCUGCCUUCCCGGUACUGCGGUCUCGGCCAGACUGAUGCAGGCAGUUCUGUGGCAGAAUACAAACGAUCUUUCCCACAGAAGGCGGCCCCCGCUUCGUGAAGACCUCAUCGCCGCGAGGUGGGGCUAAGAUGAGCAUAACCAGUGACGAGGUGAACUUUCUGGUGUAUCGGUACCUCCAGGAGUCAGGUUUUUCCCACUCGGCGUUCACAUUCGGUAUCGAGAGCCACAUAAGCCAGUCCAACAUCAAUGGGACUCUAGUGCCGCCGGCUGCCCUCAUCUCCAUCCUGCAGAAGGGCCUGCAGUAUGUGGAGGCCGAGAUCAGCAUCAACGAGGACGGCACGGUGUUUGACGGCCGCCCCAUAGAGUCGCUGUCCCUGAUCGACGCGGUGAUGCCCGACGUGGUGCAGACGCGGCAGCAGGCCUUCCGAGAGAAGCUGGCGCAGCAGCAGGCCAGCGUGGCGGCCACGGCGGCGGCGGCGGCGGUGGCGGCCCCGGCGGCGGCAGCAGCGGCGGCCCCGGCGGCCGUUUCCCAGCAGAAUCCACCAAAGAACGGCGAGGCCACGGUGAACGGGGAGGAGAACGGAGCACACGCAAUAAAUAAUCAUUCGAAACCAAUGGAAAUAGACGGAGACGUGGAGAUUCCACCCAACAAAGCCACAGUCCUUCGGGGCCAUGAGUCUGAGGUGUUCAUCUGUGCCUGGAACCCUGUCAGUGAUCUCCUGGCUUCCGGAUCUGGAGAUUCGACUGCGAGGAUAUGGAACCUCAAUGAAAACAGCAACGGGGGCUCCACGCAGCUCGUGCUGAGGCACUGUAUACGGGAGGGGGGGCAUGACGUCCCCAGUAACAAAGACGUGACCUCGCUGGACUGGAACAGUGACGGCACACUGUUGGCUACAGGUUCCUAUGAUGGUUUUGCGAGAAUAUGGACAGAAGACGGUAACCUGGCCAGCACCUUAGGCCAACAUAAAGGCCCCAUCUUUGCCUUGAAAUGGAACAAGAAGGGGAAUUACAUUUUGAGUGCUGGAGUAGACAAAACAACAAUAAUUUGGGAUGCCCACACAGGAGAGGCCAAACAGCAGUUUCCGUUUCAUUCCGCCCCUGCCCUCGACGUGGAUUGGCAGAACAACACUGCCUUCGCCUCCUGUAGCACAGACAUGUGCAUCCACGUCUGCAGACUCGGCUCUGACCGCCCGGUCAAGACGUUCCAGGGGCACACGAAUGAGGUCAAUGCCAUCAAAUGGGAUCCUUCUGGGAUGUUGCUAGCAUCCUGCUCUGAUGACAUGACAUUAAAGAUCUGGAGUAUGAAGCAGGAUACGUGUGUCCAUGACCUUCAAGCUCACAGCAAAGAGAUAUAUACCAUAAAGUGGAGUCCCACCGGGCCAGCCACCAGCAACCCAAACUCCAACAUCAUGCUAGCAAGCACCCAAAAAAAGAAGGAGAAGAUCUGUUUUACGACCGUGGCUUUGUUUUCAGUGUAUCUGGUUCACGUUUUAGAAGAGGAAGAGUGUACCCGCUUGUUGUCUCUCGAAACUGCUUCGUUCGAUUCUACAGUUCGACUGUGGGACGUGGAGCGGGGCGUUUGCAUCCACACGCUCACCAAACACCAGGAACCGGUCUAUAGUGUAGCUUUUAGCCCCGACGGGAAGCACUUGGCCAGCGGCUCCUUUGACAAGUGUGUGCACAUCUGGAACACGCAGAGCGGAAGUCUCGUCCACAGCUACCGAGGCACCGGCGGCAUCUUCGAGGUGUGCUGGAACGCCCGAGGGGACAAAGUGGGCGCCAGCGCGUCGGACGGCUCCGUGUGUGUCUUAGAUCUGCGAAAGUAAACAUGAAAUAUUUUAGAAACAAGAAGAGAAUUCUAACGGACCAGCAGUGAAUGUGUGGGGUUGUAGCACUAUUCAAACACAAUUCUGUCAGCUCCAAAACUGUACGAACUUGACCUUAGAGUGUACUUUGAAAUCAACUCAUCCCUGGCCACAGGAGUCUCUAUUUUUUUGUAAUCUUUAUCAAGAAGUUUAAAACAAAAACAUACACACAGUCAUAUCAAAGGGGGAAAGAAUGGUUUCCACCUGGAACAUUCAGCCUGGGAAGCACGAAGCCACCAGCUAGACGGUGCAUGGUUUGGUUUCCAUCCAGAACAGGCUCUGAUGGCUGAGAGGAAAAGAAAAAAAAAAAAACAAAAACUGUGCCAAAAAGAAAAAGAAAAAAAAUGCUGUGAUAAACCAAAAGGGGGGUGGGGAACUCCUCACGUGGUGGGUUUUUUUUUUUUUUUUUCCUAAAAAUUUGGACACUACAGUUACUCUCACAAGGAUGUUCAAAGACCAGUUUGUACGGAUGAAAUGGGCAACUUUGUAAUCCCAACACUUUCUAUUUUCUAGACUCUUUGUCCCGUGGUUUUUCUAUGGGCUGGAAUCCUGUCGUCUGGGGGCCUUGGGUCUGAGGUGGAAACUGUUUUGGGUGUGUUGCUUCUUUGCUGGUGUCGCCUGCCCCCUCCACCUCUCCUUCCUUCGUGGUCUUGGUUGGCAUCACCCCCUCACAGAGUCUCUGACAGGCGGGGCUUUCUCGCCCUCCCCUCCCUCCCUCCCUCCCUCUGCCUCGCGCACUCUCUCCGCCCCUUCCUCAUAGUCGCUUCCCAUCUUAGGUCUCAAGGGCACUUUUGGCGCAUACUAAGUGCUUUAUGUAAGAAGGCAGGGCAGGGGGACUUUUUACAGGAGAAAAAAAAAAAAGUGACUUAGAAAGAGCCCAGAAUAUUUUUGGAGGAAAAAAAAAAUAUUUUUAUGUUAAAACAAUUUUAAAAUCCUAAAAUGGCCAUCAGACAUAGAGAGCUUUGUGUGAUUCAUAUUUAAAAAAAAAUAAAGUUUAGGAAGACACAGGCAGGGUCUGAGGUAGCUUUUUCUCUUUCAGCUUCACGAGAGGCAGUGAGGACUCUGGGUGGGAAGGGGCCAGCCCUGGGGUCGGCGUUGGGACUGUUCUACGGCCAGAGAGGAAAAUCCGGGCCCUUCCAGCUCGAAGACGACCUUGGCAUCUUUCAGGGUGUGUUGACCGUAUAGUAGCCGGCAGGAGAGACCUGGAGAAGCGUGCCUUUGGACCCAAGAAGCGUUCCCAGGACCAGCGGCAUUGAAGGGGCCGUCACAGCCGUCCACUCAGCAGGAUGCUGCCUGGCAUCAUUCAGGCCGCGGGGCCACCUGUGGGCCCCCCACCAAGAGCACCUCGGCCGGUCCUUGCACAGCUGAUGGGAGAGGCUCCAGGAUCUCACUGGGUCUAAUAACGACAAAAACGAACAGGGAGAGAGAUUUUCGGUCCUGAAGGUGAAUUACGUAGGUAGACUGUCACUAAUAAUUUCUGUCCUCUUCAUAGUUUCUUCCUCUUGCAACAGAGGAGGAGAAAGGUUUUCUUUUUGUAAUAAUGAAUCUUUUUACUGUUUUUAAAAAAUUAAACAUGGCUUUGUGUUCCUAGAGGAGUUUCCUUUCAUUGGAUCAGGUGACCUUUGUACUUUUGUUGUCAUAACCCGACGCUGACCUAUCUUUUAAAUUAGCAGCGGGGGAAGCAGCGGAAGACAGGGCCUCUGGGUUCAUCCGUCUUCCUGCAGGCACAGGCCGGGAUGGGGCAGGGGGCCGGGCCCCGGGGGGCUGGCGGCAGGCAGGGUGCAGCCGUGUGUGUGUUCCAGCAACAAGGCCCGAUGUUACUUAGAGGCUGGUGUCUGUCCGUGGAGCCAGAAGCUAACGGGCAGAGCAGACCAGGCCCUCCUGCAAAACUUGGAUUGUCCCGGGACCAGCCCCAAAAGCCAGAGUGCAUUCAUCUUUCUCGGAUCAUUAAUGGGCCUCCAUGGAUCUGCGAGUCAUUCAAGCCCCGUCUGUAGAAGACCAACAAGUGCUCUGUUUAUGUAUGAGUGGAGCAUUUUAUUCGGGAUCUGUUACCUAAACGCUUGGCCUUUAAGAAGAUCAGAGUUCUCCGGAGUCUCCACUGACAUCUGUGAAGAUGGCAGACAUCCCCGGGUACACUGGUAAUUCCCUGCCACCGAGAAGUUACUAGGUUUGAGGUGCAGUUUGGGGGGAUCUAGACGAACACCAUCUGGACCCCCUCACCCAAUGAAAAUGUGUCACGUCUACAGACAUCAGCUGUCCAGGGUCAGGAUACGGUUUGUGUUUGACAAGCCAAAGCCUGCUGACGGGUGAAGACAGUCGGUUCACGAGACGAUCCUCACCGGACGGUCGGUACCCAGGGUCUCCAAGUGUUGACUUUAGUCUCUUGGUAAAUCUGAACCAGUUGGGAGUUGCCGGGUUGGAGCCGAGGGCUGUGAGGCCACUGACACGGGGGCUUGAUCCCGGGCCUGGCAGUGACCUGAGGCUGAGGAAGGCAGACCGUCCGCGUUCCUGGCGUCCUCUGCCGGCCACUGGGAAGGAGCCUCCCAGGGGCCCCAGGGAGGCAAGACGAGGAGGCAGCCAGCGCCCCUGGAUACCCAUCCCCGCUCUCAGCAGGACGGCAGCCGUCCCUGAGCCGCGGACGCUGCCCACCAGCUGCACCCUGCCAGCCAGCGCUCAGCGGACGCAUCCGUGUCUUCGGUGCCCCGUGGCUCGUGUUACCGUUGGACGUCGUUGACAGCUUCUAACACUUGGAAGUAAAUGCUUCAGUCUCGGUGACCAAAUGGGACCUUGAUUCUGAAAGCAGGAGUAACACGACGGUCCUCCCGGAAUUUUCCGUUGGGUUUGCAGUGACUGAGAAAUCAUUCUGUGCACACCUGGGAAAGGGAUGCUGCCCCACGGGGCACAUCUGACCCCGCAUGACACCCAGAAGGGGACGUUCGUUUUGUCUUUCUAAAAAUAGAUCUUGGAGCCAAGUGAAGUGCACUUUGUCAAACAUAAGGGUCUGCUUUUGUUCCUUGUUGUUUUUCUCUUUUAACCUUUUGUUCCACCUUUUUUUUUUUUUUUUUUUUUAAUCGUGUUUCUUGUCAAAUGCAGGAUCAUUCCUUCCGCCACUCACUGAGGUUGUGAAUUCUGGCUUCUGCGGUUUUUAUUGUCUGUGUCAGACGUGCAGCCAGAUGUGCUCCUGUCCCGUUUUCCAGAUUCUGUUCCAUCCACACGGCCCCCGUUUCGUUCUCCCCCCGCCCCUCACCCUCACGCGCUCCCAGAAAGAGAAUCACUUUGUGCGUCGUAGCUCAUUUGUUUCAAGAGAGAAUCAACAGAUCAUAUUCACUGUCUUGAAUAAAUUGCUCUAUUUUGAUAGAGAA